AUGGCGGGCGUACGGGGGGGGGUAGAAGGCACUAGCAUACUGGACAAAGCUCUUGAACAUCCAAAGGAACAGAUGCCGGGCAUUGACUUCCUCGUGGGUUUGAGCAUCAGAGCGAUGGUGAUGGUGGUCAAUUGCUUAACCCAUGUUCGAAAAGCCGAGAUCAUCCAGCUCAUAGAGCAGGUGAAGCAAAGCUGCUUGAAACAUGAGCUAGUGCUGCUUCCGGUGCUGAUUCCGGAGCUUCAGGUAGAGACCGAAGCUCGCUGGGCCCUGCAGCGCUCUUUAUGGGACAAACCCUGGUUGCGCGGAGUGGCUCAGUCCCUUCUGAGCGCCUUCCAGGGCGAAGUAGACCUUGAGGCAGCUUCAGCUAAAGGCGAGCAGCGGAAGCUGCAGAAGCUCUUAAAGAGACACACCUUGCAGCUGAGUCUUGAGGAGAUGAAAGAAAUUCUGAAAGCCUUGGAUAAAGGCAUCAGCGAUGAGAUGGUUGACUUGGUGUUUGGUGCAUUGAGUACCUCAAAGGGUACUGUGGACAUCGAUACACUUCUUCAAUGGCUGUUCCAAGAUCAGCUCCUAUAG